CCUCAUUACCAUUGGCAUGUGGUAGCAUGCGGGUACGAUGGCUCGCAGUCCAAGCUCUCUCUUCACGUGCACGCUCAUUCGAUGCAGAGUCACAUCACCUGACCGAGACAGUGACCGCUAGUGCCUGCUUUGCUCGACCGAAAACUUCGACGAACGCUCACUUUUAUUCCCCACGUUGAAUCGACCAGAUGCUCCGUUGUGACUCGAAAGUUUUCAGGAACAGGAGGUCUUACUCUCCUCGUAUCAUUUCCGCAUCGAUCCGAUUUAAGCUGAAACGGAGGCCGAAUUGCCGUACGCUUGUGCCGAAACGCCCUCCUGACAAACGGUAUGCGCUGGCCCGAACCCGUCCGUCUUUCAAUGUAGGAGCGAGGUCAUCGGGUGUUUUGCUCCCGAAUGCGAGAUUAGCAACAGCAUCGACAUGACGAUAAAAAGGCGAGGCGGCUCACAGAGUACGGCGUGUCCUGUGUAAUGUGCGGAUUAGUCUCUGUCUUUUGCUCUGAUCCUACGAACGAAAUCGACUGCGGGCUUGCCCGAACGGCUGUCGAGGCUGAAAUGAGAGAUGCUCUGGACAUCCUCAAGCACCGGGGACCAGACUCGAGUGGGAUUUGGGUCUCGCCGGAUGCGCGAGUAGGCCUGGGGCACGUCCGACUCUCUAUCAUCGACCUUGCCACGGGCCAGCAGCCUCUUGCGGAUGAAGACAAUACCAUCCACUGCGUCGUCACCGGCGAAAUCUAUGACUAUGAGCGGAUUCGCAAAGAGCUGGUGAGCGAGGGAUAUCGUUUCAAGACGAAGAGCGACUCGGAGCUUGUGGUGCAGUUGCAAGUAGCUCCCCUCCGCAUGGGUUUUUCUCUCACAUCAGUCCUCAGGUAUAAACGCUACGGAAUGGAUCUCCUAUCCCAUCUCCGCGGCGAGUUCGCCUUUGUGCUCUACGACUCGAUCCGUCGCCUCCAAAUCGUCGCGCGUGAUCGUUUCGGUGUGAAGCCUCUCUACUAUACGACUGUCAACGGGAGAACAAUGUUUGCAAGCGAGAUCAAAGCGUUCUUGGGCUUAGGAUGGAAAGCCGAGUGGGACAUUGACGCGAUCGUCAACGCUGCCGAAUUCGGCGACGAGCGGACUGUGUUCAAAGGUGUUUACAAGCUGGCUCCCGGUCAACAAGCUAUAUGUCGCGCUUCGGGAGCACUCGAGCUCCAAUCCUAUUGGGACCUCAAGUUCCCGCCUUCUUCAAACAGUUGCUCGGACAGCCUUGAGCACAUGGUGGAUACGGUCCGGAAUACGAUCGUUGAGUCUGUGCGCUUGCGCUUGCGCUCCGAUGUCCCGCUUGCAGUAUACUUGAGUGGCGGAAUAGAUAGUUCAGCCGUCGCUGGGAUCGCCACUCAUCUGCUCCGCCAACAAGAUUGCCGUGCGCGCGUGACUGCAUUCACUCUGGCAUACACCGAGGAUCCAUCGCGAGACGAGUCCCCGUUGGCGACGCACACCGCCCAGUACCUAAAUGCAGAUCUGCAUACGGUCCAGGCAACCGAGACCGCGCUCGUUUCCGUCUUGGAAGAUACCAUUUGGCAUUCAGAACAGCCUAACACGACUUUGCAUGGCGCUGGUCGGCAUCUCCUCGCCCGUGCUGUACGCGACGCUGGAUUCAAGGUCGUUCUGUCGGGCGAGGGCUCCGACGAGAUCUUUGGCGGAUAUCCGUUCUUGGUGAACGAUUAUCUGCUCGAAGAGGACCGAGCCGCUGCUGCUUUGGGAAUCGCGCUUCCAGGGGCUGCUGACCGUCUUUUGCUAUCGGGAUCUACGACGACCCAAGGAUCGCUGCUGAGAACCACGUCCCAUCUUGCUACUCUCAAAUUCCUAGCGACCGAUCGGGAGAUUUACACCGCACAAUCUCUGCAGCGUGCUGGGGGAUCGGAUCCGCUCAGGUGCAUGGAGGAGGGGUUACAGCCUACGGCUAGGAACCCUAGUCGUCAGCACAGCUUUCACACCUCUAUGUACACGAUCUCCAAGACGCUCCUCAGUCGAAUGAUUCUCAAUACGUCAGGCGACCGCGCUGACAUGGCCUAUGCUGUCGAGAGCCGUGUGCCAUUCCUGGAUCAUCACCUCGUCGACUACGUCUCCCAAAACAUCCCGCCGUCACUCAAGCUCCGUCCAAUCUAUGAUUCAGAACAAAGGAAAUGGUCGUUAUCUGAGAAGUGGAUCCUGCGACAGGCCGUGCGGCCUUUCAUCUCGGACGCAGUUUAUCACAGACAGAAGAUUGCGUUUAACCCCCCGCUCGCGGCAUCGGAUAGUCCGCGGACGAGGCUUCUUCCUCUUCAAGCUCAUCUGAGGGCACGUCUGACGGAAGCGGCCGUUCGACGCGUUGGGUUCUUCGACUGGGACUUUGUGCGCGAGCAACUGGAUGGAUACGUCGAGAGCGCAGGCGGGCUGGACACAAGGGCCAAGAUCUGUCUCCAUGUUUUGAGCUUCGUGGUUUUGCAAGAAAAGUUUAGUGUACCCACUUGGAGGUGAAUAUUUGCUAUUCUAUAAUCAAUACUGUCUGGGAGGGCAUAUCUUCCCUAUAGAACGCUCGUGUAGACAGGGUAUCAGGUCAUCAAGACGCGUAACGUAAUUGGUCAGCUCAUCGCGAGAGCUCAACGGAGCUCGAGGUCCCCGACCGUCCAAACUAUCUGACACUAGCACAUGGUGACAAUCAGUCGCGAGUUGUCCCCGUCUCUGGACUGCUAUGACAAGCCGCCUAGUUGAGGAUGAUAUGCUUUAUCUUAAGCUCACGGCGGGCAUUAAAAAUGUGGUCUUUUUUGAUGUAAUGGACUGUUUCAUCGGGAGUGCGAGCAAUGUGUAUGAACUACGAGAUCUGCUCGAUGAGCUCUGAUCCUGAUUCCAAAGGUCGAAGAAGCAGUCAGCGUCGCCGAAGGGGCUCGUAUUCCUGUUGUCGUGUCCCCAUCAUCCUCCACCACUAAGUGACUCCUUGGCGUGGUGCUAAACCUGCAUCCAAGCACGAUCAAGUUCGAUGGCAAUGGACGUCGGGUCGGUCGAGUCGAAUAGUCUGAGCUGGUCCAGGAGCUCGGCGGUUUCGUAUUCCAAGAAAAAGCGAGCCGACUAUGGGGAUCACAAUCACGCUCCCGCGAAAGACUUGGUUUUGGUACGAUGCGUGGUCUCCGUGACUCUGCUCGGAGCCGUACCCGCCUCUCCCAGCCGUGGGCAUGCAUCGAGAACCGAGAUUCGUCCCUGAUGCCGCGCCAUCUCAAGUUCGGCUGGGUGCCCAAGGCAUAAGGAUUAAACGCGGCCGGAAUGGAGUUUUCACAAGCCGAGGAUCUGGAGUGUAGGUUGGAGAUGUGCGGUCUCUUGGGUUCUGUCACUUCUGUGCCCAGAUUCGCAAAGCCCGUCCCCGAGGUUGCCGAAUCUGAAUAAAUCAAUAUCAUCGUGAGGCACCUCACCUCUUGUGCAAGGCCUGAAGACAUGCCCGGUGCAAGUCACUGUCCGUAUAGGCUGUUAGUAGAGGCGAUGAUCUUCGAGCCGCAGAGGGUCCGGACGUUCUCUAACGCGCGAGGUUGAGCUGUGUUUCGUGGCAACAGGAUCCGGUUCCGUUUGUGCAAAGCUGAUGUUGGUCGCGAGCAAGCUGUGGAGCUACUGCAGGCGCAUAUGAUAUAUAUGCAAUGAGCAAAGCAUAGCGUGAAGAGCAAGCUGGUGCUCUUGUGGAGGGCCAGAGUUUCCAUCCCAAGCUGUGCUGGCACUUGAGCUGAUUUAUCUGGUGUAAGCAGUCCCAGCCUCACAGGGCGUAAGGUACAUCAGAAAUAAGGACCCAAACG